ACUCGUUACAAAAGUCGUAGUGACACAUAAACAAAUGGUGGGAAAUGGGAAGAUUUGCAUGUUCUUGCUCGUUUGAAAGUUAAAUCAUCGAAGUAUUUGACAUGUCUUUUGGAAAAUGACACCUGACAUGUUUCAUUUAUUUAUUUUUUUGCUGACAUUUACACCAGUAAUAACUCAAAAUACAGCUCAGACUGUCAUAGCAAAUGCUGCAUUUGAAGAUGUAGCACCUUGUCCUUGUGAUCUAACAAAGGGAUCCUGUGAUAUAAGAUGCUGUUGUGAUGGGGACUGUAGUAGUGAUGAGAAACAAACAUUUGAUCGCUGCAUCCCGUUUUUACCUGGAGGGCAGAGUGCCGAGGACCAGCAGUAUGAAUGUUCAUCCAAACACCAUAAUAAACCUGAUUGGUUCCCGUUCUUAUGUGUAGUGUUUGAGUAUAAUGCAUUCCUUGGUUACUUCUAUGAUUGGCAGUACAAGCUUGCGGAGAAUGGUCAAGCUCUCCUUAAUCGACUUUAUACCAGAACCUUCUACUGGUACAGAUUGUGCAGCCAGUCUUCAGUUCUAAGUGUGCUUUCAUACAUAAAUAAAAUAAACAAUAUUAGUGUUCUGGCUGGCAGUUCAAGCAUUGUACCAGCUACAACAACUGUGGUAUACAAGUGUGCCACAGAUGUAAGUUCCUAUUUAAAAUCUACUCAGACAAUUAAUGAUUUAGUGGAUAAUACUCAGGUGUAUAAAUUUAAUUACAACUUGCCCACUGGCGAACAGUGUGUGGACGACUGUGCAGUGUGUGACAAUUUCAACGAUUCACCAAAUACUGAUACCCCAAUCAACGAUUGUCCAUCACAGACACCCACCACUAGCCUGGACGCGAACGGUGUUUGUUUAAAUGCUGUAAUCGACGUAGACUACACAAUAAAAUGGACCGGUAACACAACCGAACAGCUCGACGCAGUUAUAACUCUGGGUAAUAUACCAAUACAGAAUGCCGCAGGAAUUAAUAAUGUCCUUACACAGAAAUAUAAAACAACUUUCAUCCAUAACGUGACGGCACCAGGUGAUGGAGCCACUGAUAAUUUCAAUAACAUCACCGACGCUUCAUACGAGCGAUCAGGCCGAGUAGGCUACGAUAUUGGACGUACGAUAUUUACCGGCUACGAGAUUUUGAACACAACUCUGACACCACCUCAAUUCAUGUAUGUUAACACAAACUCGUCAAGGCAAAUGGCAGUGUUUGAUACAUCUGCAGAUGGUUUGUGUAGGAACGCUGGAAGAAGGAGUAUAAAGUUUCAAGAGGAUAUCACCACUCGGUGUAAAUUGAUGUUAAAUCAUGCAGAGUUUUCUGACUGCUCUGGUUUAAGGAAGUUGAUCAUAAAUAGACUGAACAACCUGAUGCCAUCAAAUUUGAUUGGUCGUCGUGGUUACAAUGAUAAUGCUAACAGAGGAUACUGGCUUGAGGUUCUCAGGGAUGACUUGAAAUCCAGUUGUGAUCUCAGUGAGUAUUUCCCAUUAGGUUUGAGCCCAGUUGACAACCGCACAGGAAUUUGUUACAACAUUACCGAUGGAAUUCAUCUGCAGAUUUUUUAUGGAGUAACUGGAAAAUCUAAUGGAUUUCCAAUCUACGAAAUUCUUGGAAGUAAAGUCAGGUAAGGAAGCACUGCAGUU